GAAGCUGUAAUGUGGGCUGUUUUUGGUUUUUACGUUUAAACUAGGCGGGUUUUUCGGUGUGAUUGGGCUGGAGGCUGUCUUUCCCAUCAUGCAAUCCUGGUCGGAAUUUCGGAAAUGAAAAAGAUAUAGACUGACAAAGGUGGAACGUUGUUCUCCUCGGAUUUUUUUUUCGUCUUGUCUUUUCUCUAUUUCAGCCACUUAACUAAACCGAAGCCUCGACGACGUGUCCAGCACGAGCUACAUCACGGACUCAAACAUCAGUCAUCUUCAAGUCUCGGCAGUCGCUGUUAUGCGGCCUACAUUAGCCUAGCCUAGCCUAGCCUAGCUGGCCUCUGUCGGUAAACAAUCUGCACUAUACCGGCCGCUAACAAAGUUACGAGGCACGUCGUCAAGCGUUCAGAAAUCAAGUGAGGAAAAUGUCCGCGAGGAUCACACCGGCUGCAGUAAAGUUCCAGGAGGAACUUUGCGGAGUAAAAGAGGAGCCUCCACGUCAGCAACACUCGAAUGUGUGCAAAAUAAUGCCCGCAAAGGUUGUUCUUCACAGACUAGAAGAUGUCAGGCAAGUGCAUCAUCCUGAACGCCAGGAGUGUGCGCGCAUGAAAGAAGAAGAGGAGGAAGAGUCGCCAUAUGUGAAGAACGUGGAGGAAGAAUUGGUCCACAUUAAAGAGGAGUAUUUCAUUAGAGUUGAGAACCCCCACUUUGAGGAGCAGCAGCAACGUUAUUCCCUCAAAAAGGAGGACGACGACCAGCCAUAUGUUAAAGUGGAGGUGGUGGACAUCCCCAAGUGGACCGAUGAGACCUUGAAGGGUGAAGAUGGAGAUCCGAGUGAGGCCAGCAGAGGGGCGGAGCUUCUGAGUGGCAGCAGUUCAAAAGAAGGAUUCCAAGCAGACAACCUCAUCGCUCGACCAUCAGAAAGUGACGACUUCACAUCACGCUCGCUGUUCUGUUUCAGAAGAUUUCUUGGUGCUGAGCCAGAAUCUCCUGGUGUAAAAGAGGAUGUUGAGCUCCCCCAAAUCAAAGAGGAGGAGCCAGAGCCCUGUCAACAGAAGGAGAGAGAAGAGCAACUUCCACUCAAAAAGGAGGAGGAGGAGCUGCCAUAUGGUAAAAAGGAGGAAGACGAGCAGCAUAUCACCAGUUCUACUGGUGAGCCCUUGAAGAGUGAAGAUGGUCUGAGUGAGGCCAGCAGAGCGGCGGAGCCUCCAAGCAGGGGGAGUAGCAUCAGCUCAACAGCAGGAUUGCAAGCAGACAUUUACAUUGCUCCAUCGGACAGAGACGCCACGUCACACUCAACUUCCAAUGAUGGUGGUCAUAAGACAUGUGGUGAUGACAAACUCUGCAAAUGCUCUCAGUGUGGGAAAACCAAGAGCAACUUAAAUCAACACACAAGAACCCUGACUGCCGAAAAACGUUUUUCCUGCUCAGUUUGUGGUCAAAAAUUCACUCAGAAGAGCCACUUAGACAGACACACAAGAACCCACACUGGUAAAAAACCUUUUUCCUGCUCAAUAUGUGGAAAAAGUUUUGUUCAGAAGGGAGACUUAACAAAACACACAAGAACCCACACUGGCGAAAAACCUUUUUCCUGCUCAGUUUGUAGUCAAAGAUUUGCUCAAAAGCAAAACUUACUAAGUCACGAAAGAACCCACACUGGUGAGAAACCUUUUUCCUGCUCAGUUUGUGGUCAAAGAUUCGCUCGGAAGAAUAACUUAGAAUGUCACGAAACAACCCACACUGGUGAAAAACCUUUUUCCUGCUCAGUUUGUGGUCAAAGAUUCGCUCGGAAGGAAAAGUUAGAAAGGCACGAAAGAACCCACACUGGUGAAAAACCUUUUUCCUGCUCAGUUUGUGGUCAAAGAUUCGCUCGGAAGGAAAAUGUACUAAGUCACGAAAGAACCCACACCGGUGAAAAACCUUUUUCCUGCUCAGUUUGUGGUCAAAGAUUCGCUCGGAAGGAAAAGUUAGAAAGGCACGAAAGAACCCACACUGGUGAAAAACCUUUUUCCUGCUCAGUUUGUGGUCAAAGAUUCGCUCGGAAGGAAAACUUACUAAGUCACGAAAGAACCCACACUGCCGGAAAACCUUUUUCCUGCUCCGUGUGUGGUCAAAGAUUCACUCAAAAAUUUAGCUUGAAAAUACACAUAAGAAUCCACACUGGAGAAAAACCUUUUUUCUGCUCAGAUUGUGGAAAGAGAUUUGUCCAUAAGGGAGACUUAACAAAACACACAAGAACCCACACUGGAGAAAAACCUUUUUCCUGCUCAGAUUGUGGAAAGAGAUUUGCCCAUACGGGAGUCUUAACAAAACACACAAGAACCCACACUGGCGAAAAACCUUUUUCCUGCUCAGUUUGUGGUCAAAGAUUUGCUCAUAAGCAGCACUUAAAAAACCACACAAGAACCCACACUGGUGAAAAACCUUUUUCCUGUUCAGUUUGUGGUCAAAGAUUCGCUCGGAAGGACAUCUUACAAAUUCAUGAAAGAACCCACACUGGUGAAAAACCUUUUUCCUGCUCCGUUUGUGGUCAAAGAUUCACUCGAAAAAUUGGCUUGAAAAUACAUUCAAGAAUUCACACUGAUGAAAAACCUUUUUCCUGCUCAGUUUGUGGGAAACGAUUUGUUCAGGUGGGAGACUUGACAAGACACACAGGAACCCACACUGGCGAAAAACCUUUUUCCUGCUCAGUUUGUGGUCAAGGAUUCGUUCGGAAGGAUUGGAUUAAGAAACACUUUUGUUUUGGUGUGACAAGCUGUGGCCAAUGAAUGUUUUACCUGUCAUACAGGCUGGCUUCAUCAGAUUUUGCAUGGAGGACAAUUGUAUUCUGUAGAGCAGGGUUCACUAAAUCCGGACCUCAGUGCCACUUUUCGUGUGGUGUUUUCCAUGUCUCUCUCCCCUAACACACCUGAAUCAAAUGAUUAUGUCAUCAGCAACCUCUACAGAAGCCUGAUAAUGAUCCUGAUUAUUUUGAUUCAGGUGUGUUGGAGGAGGGAGACAUGGAAAACACGACAGGAAAAGUGGCACCGAGGUCCGGAUUUAGUGAACCGUGCUGUAGAGCUUCCUCAAAUCCUGUUGAGGCUUGACACUUUUGGUGCCUUACAUGUGCUUUGUCUAAUCCUUGUAUGAUGUGCAUCCACACUAUUGCCAAAAGUAUUGGCUCACCCGAUUUAACUCUCAAGCGCCAUUAUAUAUAUACAAAUCAAAUACUCUCCCUCUUUCAAACUACACUUUUCACAGAUAUUUGAAACCGUCGACACCAAAUUAAAAAAAUUCAAAAGUUAUUCUAAAACGCAGCCUCACGAGAUGCUUUCAUUAUUGUUGACUUUAGUGAAUUAAUAAUUAAUUGUUAUUAUUGAUUAAUUGCUAAUUGCAGCUGUUGUCCACCUUUCAGACACAAUAACAUCAUACAAAUGGGUAGUAGUGGCACAUAUGCUCCUUGGGAUCAGAGGUGGGAGUCUUUGGGCACCUAACGAUUCAAUUCCGAUUCAGAGGCUCCGAUUCAAUUAUAAUUCGAUUAAUGAUACCCCCACAACCCGCUUUUAAAGUUUUGUACAUUACUUCCAAAAUUGUUUAAAAAAAUUUCUCUGGCUAAACCAAACUACUAUUUCAGUAUCAAGUUAAUGGUUAAAAACAACAAAUAAAAUAAUCAAGUCCCAAUUCUGUAUCAGCAGCUUUAAACUACGUUAAAUUAAUUUGUUGUCAAUCAACCGUUAGUUGUUAAAAUUUCUCCCGUUAUUCCAUAAUUUCCCUUCUUUCUACUUUCGACGCGUCAAAGUUUUAAUACUGUUUCAUCAUUUAAAGAUAGAUACAAGUCAAGAUUUUGCAGAUUUAGGAGUAUUUUAGAAAAAAAGUUAAUUAGGUUCACUACAACAGAGACAACCGAUCGCUUGUGAGAGGGCAGGUUUGCUGGAGGUCUCUUUUGAUGGGCAAAAUAAAAAAAAAACGCUUUGAACGCUUUGAUGUCGCAACUGGUACCAUCCGAGUGAGAUAAGUCCGAUUUCCCACCUUCCUCGAAUGCAGCCUGGUUACGGGUGGCCGAAGCAGUCCUCUCUAUUGUGGUCCAAUUACACAUCUAAAAAAAAUAGUCCUGCAGAAAUAAAUGAAUGACGGCAGUUUGGUGUAACAUUGUUUUGACCCCAUUUGUACUUUGAACAAUGAUCUGAAUUUUGAAUUUAUUUGACUUUGUUACAUCUGUUAAUAUCAUGUUUUAUUGGCAUGCUACGAAGGGACCAUUGACUCGCGCUAGCUUAGCCACUCCGGAGCCCCGAAAUGAUCAAAACACAUACAAACUACACGGAAUUUGUUGAAAUCAACUGCAAAGACUAAUUAAACCCGCGCUAUGAAUGGCCGAGUCAAAGCCCAGAACUUAAUCCCACUGAGAUGCUGUGGGGUGACUUGAAACGGGCUGUACAUGCAAGAAACCCCUCAAACAUCUCACAGUUGAAAGUAUUCCGUGUUGAGGAGUGGGCAAACUUUCUUCAGACCGAUGUCAGUUAAAUGGCUACAAAAAGCAUCUCACUGAAGUUAUUUCAGCCAAAAGGUAGGUAUUAGGUACUAGGUAUUAGUUAGUUGGGUGUCUUUUUUCCUCAGUUAGAAUAUGCAUUUUUCAUGAUAUAUUUGGUCUCAUGAGUAAAACAAUGUUUCUUACAUAUCCAAGAGAUCCAUAUCAAGCUGUGAACUUGUAUAUGCACCUAAGAGAGGCCAUAUGUGCAACACUGUAAAUCACAGGUAUUAAUUUUUUAUUGGGGGCCUGAAGGUUGAGCUGUUGGUGGGAGGAUCGGCUUGCUUUUGCUAAAUGGUUGAAAAUACAUAUUUUGUUUUUAGUUUAAAUCCAAACAAUAACUAAACUAAAAUGCAUUUACUUUCUGCUUGAGCUAUGAAAUAAAAUACAUUAUGGAAAAUAAACUUGUGUUACAUUACAUAUUAACUUGAUUAAAAGCUUAAACAUAAUCGGUUCAUUGUUACAAUUCAUCAAAUGCUGGAAAUGACAAAAGAACUUUUUUGAUGGGCAGCAGCCAUGUUAAUUUAAAUGGUUGGAUUAAUCAAUAGACUGUAUGUAAAAACUGUAUUUUUCUUCAUAUGCAACUUUUUUUUUUUUUUUUUUUUUGCUUAAAUAAUAAAUAAAUGCUUUUCCACGGGAAGUGAAUUAAUCCACACCUUCUAAAGCAACAAUUGGAUGUUGGACUAUUUCUGCAGAUAUACUGUAAUCUCUAGAGGUUUUAUGAACCUACAUGCAAUGAGAGAUCUCCAUUAUCAUGUGAUUAGAUAUAUUCAGGGGUGAAAGUGGGCCAGAACGGUCAGGAACGCAGUUCCGGUAUAAGAUUCAGGGCCGGAAUGCUGUUCGGGUACACAGUUCUUUGAUUCGCAAAAUAUGACGGCAACUGUCAAAACGCUAUGUUAAAAGGGGAAAAAAAUGCUAAGCUGCCACACAUGCAUUUCAUCUCCAAGAAGAAAACCAUCGACCAACAUCAGAUUUACAUACACAAGUGUUAACAACAAGCAUUCUAAAAUGCUUCUGUAGCGUAAUCCAUUUCCACCGAUAUUUAUUAUGUAGUUUAUUCCACGAACGGCAUGGAGGUUUCCCCAGCUGCUGCAGUUAUCUGAGUCUGACGAUGAUGAGUCACGUCAACGUGCGAAUGCAUGCAGCAAAGAGAUACGCCUGGACUCAUUUAUCCGUUCAAUUGGCUGACAUACUGACAUCUGAUCAGCAGAGAUAGUUAGCUCCGAUUGGUUCAAAUGUGCAUGUUUUCUGGAACAGCGAAAAAAAAAUAAAAAAAUAAAAUGUUUGUUGAAUAGAUGCGACAAAAAAAGGACAAUGCAACAGAAAUGGAUCCAAUUUUUAAGCGCAGGGAAAGAGUUGAGGCUUAUUUAUCAUAUUUAGUUUUAUUUGCGCUGAUGGGGAGGUUCAUGUUCAUAUCUUAGCUGUCAAUGUGCACUUUGGACUUAAAUUUGUUCAUUUAUGUUUGGCUACCUAUUCAUUUCCUUAUGAUUUAAAAAAGUCUAUGUUUGUGCGAUCUUCAAAAUAUAUUCCAUUUCACUCUGCAUAAUAUAAGUCAUUUGUACUUAUUUUUCUGAAUGUGUGUUACUUAUAUCUUCAUUUUUAAAAAACAACAAAAAGUAAAUGUUUACAUUGACUUCAAAUUUAAUAUACAUCCUAUAUUCUUAAAUCGUUAAAAUUGAGAUUUGGCAUUUAGUAUGUGAGGAAAUGGGAAAAUAAAAAGUACAAUUUGAAUGAAAAUCAGUUUUUCUACGUGCAAUAGAAAUAACUGUGCCAAAACAGUUUUCUUUGCAUUUCAGUAUUUUUAGGAGGUUUGACCCCCACCACCCGAAAAAUGAAAAUAGAUAAAUAAAUAAACAAAAUUUCGGCUCUGUGGCGACCUUUACGUCGGGGAGUUCCGGCAAGAAAUUCAAGCCACUUUCACCCCUGGAUAUAUUCCAAAACAUUUUUUUUCCCCACAGAGGAUCGGAAUCAAGUGAAAAAGAUGACACUCUCAAAAUGCAUAUGUAUUACUAAUUACUCCUCAAUUUGGUCAACAGGUGGUGUCUUUGUUAAGAGUUAGGCUUUAAUACAACAAAUAUAAAAAUUUAUAAUACAAAGAGUCUUACAAAUUUCAAUUUGAUCUACAGAAACGACUAUAAGUCCAAGUAUGUGUGUUGAAAAAGCCUUUAUUGUGAGCAUUUCCUAGAAAUAGAAAACAUGUUUCAAACAAGGAGACUCUUUUCUGCUACCAAUGCAAAUUUUCAGAACUAUUCUCAAUACAACAGAUUAACAAUUAGUCCAGUGACGACAUAGCAAUACUAACCGUGGGUCCACCCAAAAAAGGCAACUAUCCCAAAAAAUAACAAUAAAAAAGGAUGAGAGGCGUUUAGUUUCAAAGCACAAUAACCAGAAAAAUACCUUUUUUUUCCUAAGUAGAAUAACUAGGUUGCCUCGGUACCCGUCCACAUUUUGUGUGUAAUUACACUUUUCAAAUGCAAUUGGCAUCAUUA